GGUCAUGAUACUACAUCAACGACUAUAUGCUUCAUUUUGGCACUAUUAGCUGAGCAUAAGGACAUUCAGGAAUGUGUCAGGAACGAAUUCAAUACUGCAAUACAAGAACAUGAAGGGAAAAUUACUAUGAAAUUAUUGCAAGAGUUAUCAUAUUUAGAGAGAUGUAUAAAGGAAGGAUUGCGCUUGUAUCCUGUCGGAGGUGAUAUAGCACGCGUUACUGCAGAAGACGUAAAAUUACGUAGGCAUUAAGUUAAUCUUUCGUUGUACUUUUAAAUUAAGAUGAAAAAAUGUCAACAUGAUACAAAACUGA